UGACGACUCCAUUAAUUGAAUAGGAUGAUAGUAUAGAUCAACGAUUGGUACCGAAGGUGGGUAUGACAUUUAGUAAUGUGGACGAGGCGUACAAAUUUUAUAGCCGAUAUGCAUAUGAAGUUGGAUUUCCAUUGAAGAGAUAUAGGGAGAGAAAAAAUUGCAAGUGGUUGAAUUGUUCAAUGGAAGGCAAGCGUGCCGAAAGAGGAAAUGGUACUCCAAAAGUGCGAAAUACAAUUUCCAAGCGAACACAAUGCAGAGCUGGAAUGAAACUUAAAAAAAUCUAUGACGAUGCCAAAGAGAAUAUCAUUUCAGUGCGGAUUGAUCUUAUUCAUUUGGAACAUAAUCAUGAGUUCUUCAGAAAGGAUACAGAAAAGAAUCAGUUACAGUGCAACAAGACACAUGAUCCAGAAUACAUGGAGUUCCUUAGUGCGAUGCAAGAAAGCAGGAUUCCGCAACACUGUAUUAUGGAUUUUGUUUCAGAAAUGCAUGGUGGACCAGAGAAUGUACCGUUAACUACACAAGACAUGAUCAACCUGAAGAAAGCGCGACAAAGAGAAAGAAAUGCCAAUGGUGUGUCUAAGCUCCUAUCUUUUUUGCAUUGUGUAAAAAAGAUAACCCACAGUUUUUCUCUGACUUCCAACUAG